AUGGAAGAGAGAAAUAUGCAUCUGGAACAAAACGCAAUAGUCAAUCCAAAUGGCAGAUUUAUAUGUGAUUUUAGAGACUCCAAUGCUUCCUAUGAUAAUAAAUCAUCACUGAGAUCACACAAAUCGAGGAAGCAUAGAAUGAGAGUACCUCUUCAAAAUGUAGAAAUAAAUGUGAUUGAAGAAGCAAAUAACCUUAUGGAUGUUGAUUAUCUGAAUAACAUUGAAAAUUUGCAAGCUGAUAAUUUGAAUGAUAAUAAUGAUAAUAGAAGAGGAAAUGAUGUUGUCGAGAACCAAACGAGCGAUAGCGCAACAGACGAUUCAGAUGAGGUCAAUAGUGACGAAGAUGAAACUGAAGAAACUGAACAACCUGAAAGAGAAGUUGAUCCCAGAAAACGAGCUAUGGGUUUACUUCUAUUACAAUUAAGAUCAACAACAAGUAUUUCAGAAGAAAAAAUUGAUCUUAUUCUUCAAACAAUACAAAAUGCUGCUAAAGAGUUUGUUGCAUUUUCUCUUCGCCAACUUGAAGAAAUUAUAGAAGAAAACACAAAUAUACAUGUUGGUCAAUUUUAUAAUAUUGAACAACAUAUUAGAAAUAUAAACUUCACUGAUGACUUUAAUAGUAAAAAGAAACGAACAAAAUUUUUCAAUAGAGAAUUUAAUGUAUUGAUGCCAAAGAAACGAAUUUUAGGAAGCCGGUUUAUAAAAUAUGGAAGUGCAAAAACUAAUGAAGAACGUUCAACGAAAGUCAAAUAUGAUGAAAUGUAUUUUAUUCCCCUUUCAAAAAUCUUGAAAAAAUUUUGUGAACAACCUUCGUACCCUGACAUCGUCGAUAAUCAUACUUCCAAGGAAGGUGUACUUGCUUCAAUUCAAGAUGGAUUGAAGUUUAAAGAAGAGAUUUGGAGGCAAGAUAAUAGUCAUCACAAUAUUUUACUGUCAAAAUCUAGUGGAAAUCAAAAAUUAUGGAUGAUUUAUGCUUCCACUCUUCAAAUACAUCCAAUAUAUCGUUCUGCACUGUUACACAUUUAUCUAGUCGCAAUCGUAAGAACUACUUAUGUGAAACGAUAUGGAUUAAACAGUAUCAUGAAGCAUAUUGUAAAUGAUUUAAAAAAAAUUGAAAGUGUCAUUCAUUACUUAAAUGGGACAAUAAUUAGAGGUUCACUAUUUGCAACUCAAGGAGAUAAUCUUGCCCAACAUUCCAUGUGCGGUUUCAAAGAAUCAUUUGGAAGAACAAGACAUCCAUGCCGUUAUUGUCUUGCUGAUUUGGCAAUGAUCCAUCAAAUGGUUGAAGAGAAUAGGAGUUUGCUUCGCAAUCAAGAAGAACAUGAUAGACAAGUUGAAAUGAUUGAAAAUGCAUAUGGACAAGAAAGAGAAAAAUUAAUGACAGAUUACGGAAUUAAAAGAAAAAGUGUUUUAAAUAAACUUAAUUAUUACCAUGUAAUUAAAGUAUCCCCUCCUGACCUCGUUCAUGAUCUACUUUUAGGUGUAAUACCAAGAACAAUACAGUUUUUUCUUCAGCAAGUAAUAUUAAAUCAAAUUUCAGUUGAAGAAUUAAAUGAAAGACUAGCUUCCUUUGACUUUGGAUAUUCUGAAGUUGAUAAACGGCCACCCCCACUAAAAGCCGUUCAUCUCUUCCAAGGCGCUAAUUUAAAGUUAUCAGCUGUUGAAUUAUGGACAUUAGCGCAUAUAUUACCUUUUGUUGUUCAAGAUCUAGUAGAACCAGAUUGUCGUUAUUAUAAAAAUUACACAGAUUUGCUGCAAAUAUCCUGCAUUGUUUUUGGAUAUGAAAUUAGUCAACUUAUGAUUGAUUUUUUGGAAGAUUUAAUAGCAGAAUAUUUAUCUGACUUUAUUGAAUUGUACGAAACUACAUUAAUACCCAAGCAACAUUUUCUAAUUCAUUAUCCUCGAUUAAUUAUGUUUUACGGUCCACUAGGUAUAUUUAUGUGCCUACGUCCAGAAACAAAUCACCAAGUAUUCAAAAGAAUUACACAAGCAAUGAGAAACUACAAAAAUUUACCUUUAACUCUGUCUGUCAGGUACGAACAAAGACAAGCAUUUGAAUUACUAACACCUUUAUCUAAAGAAAUCGAAUUUGGCCCACAGAAAUUGUCCAUAAACAUGGAUUUACCAUAUUCUCAUUUAUAUGAAGAAGGAUUGUUACUUUGUACUACAUCUUGGAUAAACUUUAAUGGCGUUAAAUAUAUUCCUGGAAAAUGUCUCGUUGCUGUUGGUUACUCCGACAACAGUAACCCACUUUUUGCUUCAUUAGAGUACAUUCUCCGAUGUAAUGACGGACCUGCUUUUAUCUGUAGAACAGUUAAAACUAUUGAACAUAAUGUAAAAUUGAUGGCUUAUGAGGUAUCAGUUCAAGAAGAGUAUAAAAUUUAUAGACUUGAUGAUCUUAAAAAUCAUGAAGUAUUUCAUUGUCAUAUGUUUGACAAGAAAUCAUUUGUUAUUGUAAAACGAUGUUUUGGGAACUUACAUUAA